AUGGGUGGAAGAAAGCAUUGGGUUUCCUGUUUUGUGGGGUUCGUAUUUGUGUUGGUUCUACUGAAUUUGGUAGAAGCCAAUGCAAUAAGUUCAUCAUGUAAGCAUAUUGAUAUUGGUGUUGUUACUGAUCAAAGCUCAAGGAUGGGAAGGCAACAGAAGAUUGCCAUUGAAAUGGCUCUCCAAACCUUCCAUUUCUCAACUUCCUUUCCAAAAUUGGAGCUAUUUCAUAAUGAUUCAAAUGGCAACUCGGCUCGAGCUAUAACUUCUGCUUUGGAUCUGAUUGGCAACAAAGAAGUGAGCACAAUUCUUGGGGCAUUUACUUUGCAAGAAAUGCAAUUAAUGUCCGAAAUUAACAAAAACUUCAUUGAUAUUUCCAUAAUAUCCCUACCAAUUGCUGCUUCUCUUCCUCCUCAUAAGAAUAAUCUAUUCCCACUUCCUUCCUUUAUUCGAAUGGCUCACAACAUCACAUUUCACAUCCAAUGCACAGCCGCCAUUGUCGCCCAUUUCCAAUGGCAUAAAGUUACUCUCAUCUAUGACAACACCAACGACGUGUUCUUCAACAUGGAAGCUUUGACUCUCCUCUCCAACCAACUUGGAGCUUUCGAUGUGGAGAUUGACCAAAUCUCAUACUUCUCUUCUUCAUAUUCAGAAUCUAUGAUUGAGGAAAAGCUCAAAAGCCUUGUGGGCCGUGAGAGGAGCAAGGUCUUCAUUUUGGUGCAAUUUUCUGUCGAAUUGGCCAAAUUCCUUUUUCACAAAGCAAAUAAGAUGAAUAUGAUGGAUAAUGGGUUUGUUUGGAUCGUUGGAGAUGAGAUAUCAAGUCAUCUUGAUUCUUUGGAUUCAUCAACUUUUAAUGACAUGCAAGGUGUCAUUGGUUUUAGAACUUAUUUUGAUCAUAACAAAGAUACUUUCAAGAAAUUUAGAAGCAAAUUCCAUAGAAAGUAUGUUUUGGAGUAUAAUGAUGACGAAGAGGAGGAGAUGAAAAAUGGGGAGCCCACCAUCUUUGCACUUAGAGCUUACGAUGCAGGAUGGGCUGUGGCACUUGCAAUGCAUAAAUUGCAAGCAAAUUUUAGCAACAAACAAUUGUCGAAGGAAAUUUUAAGGAGUGAAUUUGAAGGGCUUAGUGGGAAAAUAGGAUUCAAGAAUGGUGUUUUAAUGGAACCACCCACUUUUGAAAUUAUUUAUGUGGUGGGUAAGAGUUACAAAGAGAUGGGAUUUUGGAGAGAAAAGGUUGGAUUUUUCAACAAUUUGAAUGAAAAUAAUGAUCAAGAAAUCAGUAGUAGCAUUAUUAUUGAUGAAGGAAGAAGUAGAAGUGAUAAUAAAAAUAAUGAUGUUGUUUUGAAAUUACCAAGAUUCGUUUUGUGGGAAGUAAAUUAUGCAGAAACAGAAUUAAUGAAACGAAGGACGAUUAACAUCGAUAAUUCAAAUUCCGGAGGAAUGGGAAGGACAUUAUUAAGAAUUGGUAUUCCGGCCAACAAUACAUUUCGAGAAUUUGUGAAAGUUUCUUACGACCACAUAAAUGGAAAAUACAUUUCUGGAUUUUCCAUUAGUGUAUUUGAAGCUGUCGUAAAAAACCUGCCUUAUUCAUUGUCGUAUCAGUUGAUACCAAUCAAUGGUUCUUAUGAUGGAUUGAUAAAGCAAGUCUACGCAAAGGGUCUGGAUGCUGCAGUGGGAGAUAUCGGAAUAUACGCGGACCGAUUUCAAUAUGUUGAUUUCACAGAGCCAUAUAUGAUGGGUGGGCUUGUGAUGAUAGUGAAAGAGGAGACAAGGAAUUGGAAACAAAUAUGGAUAUUCAUGAAGACGUUUACAACACCAAUGUGGAUCAUUUUGCCAAUCUUCCAUCUUGUUAUAAUGUCUGUUGUUUGGUUUGUUAGGGAUCGAAAUGAUCGAGAUUUACCACCAGGAAUCCCAGAAAUGCUAUGGUUUGCCGUAACAGUCAUCUUUUAUGCUCAAAGAAAAGAAGUGAAAGGUAAUUUAGCAAGGUUGGUGUUGGGGACAUGGUUGUUUGUAAUUCUUGUGGUAACUUCAAGUUUUACUGCAAGUCUUACAUCUAUGAUGACGGUUUCAAGAUUUGCACCAUCAGUUGUUGAUAUUGAAACAUUAAGGCAAAUGAAUGCAACAGUGGGGUGCAACUAUCAUUCUUUCAUUCCGAGAUAUUUGAAUCAUACAUUGAAAAUUCCUAGUGAAAAUAUUAAGAACUUUGUUGGGAUUGAUGAUUAUCCAAAGUCAUUUGACAAUGGAGAAAUUGAAGCAGCUUUCUUCAUCACUCCACAUUCUAAGGUCUUUCUUGCUAGGUACUGCAAAGGCUACACCAUUGCAGCUACUUUCAAUCUUGGUGGCAUCGGUUUUGCUUUUCGAAAAGGGUCAAGUCUAGCAGUGGACGUAUCGAAAUCAAUUGUGGAACUUAUAGAGAAAAGAGAGAUGCCACAGUUAGAAACAACGUUGUUGUCAACCUUCAAUUGUUCUUCAGGGAGCCAAGUUGAUGGGUCCUCAAGUUUGGGGCCUUGGCCUUUCGCAGGUUUAUUCAUCAUUUCAGCCAGUGUUGCUGCUGCAUCACUUUUAUAUUUUAUAUUCGGAUAA